UCUGCCAUUCUUUGUCCUUGACCCAAAGUGAGGGCUCUGGUUCUAGCCUGUCUGCCUCUUAGCAAGCAGCCUGCCUUGUGGCCCUUGGACUUGUGCCUCUUGGACUCAGUUUUUCUAAGUGUGGAAGAACACUGAGGCCCUCCCAUCAUUGUCCUGCCAGCCUUGGGAGCGCUGAGACAGAAAACUGGUUUGCACCAAGAAGGGGAUGUCUGGCAGCCCAGGUCCUCUGGGCACUGGCAGGGGCUUCCAGACCUGGUUUCCAUGGGACCAGUAGACCGAAUUUAUUCCUGUUGGGACUUCUACCCUCCUUCCAAGAGUGUUUGCUCUGUACCUGCUGAUGAUUUCCCAAUACAAUGAACAAUUAAGAAAAGGUGUGGACUGCACCCUGUUCUCAGAGGCACAGGUUCCCUUUUGGCAUUAGGGUUUUCAGAAGUAGUUUGAUUCUCUCUGGAAUUUGGUUAUUCUCUAGAUUUGGCCUGCCUCUUAAUGAUGCUGACUUGGCUACUGAGAGCCCCAUUCUUGGGCUGUCUUUGAGUCUGGGAUUUUUCAAGGCUGGUGGUACUUGGAGGUAGGGAUGGCAAAUGAAGGCUCUUUGGGGCUCACAAUAUUUUGGUGGUUGUUCAGUUAUAUCAAUGUCCAGGUCCUAUGAGAGUGUACUCAGCUACAGAAGAAUGUACAUGUGUUGAGACUGAAGAACAGACUGCCAUGAAAGGAGCAGACUGAACUGCAAGAGUCCUGUGAGGAGCUGAAGAGGCUCUUGAGGGAGGCUCAUGAGAUGGUCUGUGACCCUUCUGCUGAGCAGCAGCAGGCUGAAUUCUUUUGGGAUGCUGAAAAAGGAGCAUAAACAGGUGAUGUCAGACUUGCAGAAAAUGCCCAUGGAGAUCAGUGACAGUGUGAACAAGGUCAAACAGCUGAUUGAGGAGAAUGUAUCCUAUAGUUACCUCCACAGCCAGGUCCUCCGAGAUUGUAUUCAGCUGAAGAAGAAUGUACAUUUGUUGAGACUGAAGAACAGACUGCUGAGGAAGGAGCAGAUUAAACUGCAAGAGUCCUGUGAGGAGCUGAAGAGGCAACUGAAGGAGGCUCAUGAGAUGAUCUGUGACCCUUCUGCUGAGCAGCAGCAGGGGUCAUGUGAGAUCACAGGUAGGAAGCAGGCUUCAAGGACUAGAUCCCAGUGCCAGUGCCAAGAGCAAGAGAGCCUGGAUGAAAGACUGAAGGGCCUGCUGAAGCAGAAGGAGCUGGUCACCCUGCAAGAGGACUUGGUAGAAAAGCUGCAACAUCACUUCAGUGACUCUGAGAUGAGGUCAGAAAAUCUCCAGUAUGAGUUUGAACAGGCCACAGCCCAGGAAGAGAGCCUCCUGCAGACAGAGCUGCUGCAGCAGGAGUACUAAGUCUCACAGCAGAUCUUGGGAGAACUGAGGAGGCCAACGAAACCACAGAUGCCUUGAACCUAUGACAUUCUAUACUCUCCGAUCAAGACCUCCUCCUCAGAAGACACUCAGAAGACCAAGACAUUACAGGAUCAGUAGUGGGUGAUAAUUUAUCAAAAGCUUCCCAAGGGGCACAGCGUUUGCUCUAGGAAAUGUCUCAUUCUUUGUCACUGUGACAACUUAGCCUUCAAAGCCUAAACGAGGCAUGGCUGUACUAGCUUUGAAAAGGCUUUUCACAAUAGCUGACUGCCUUCUAACCAUGUGUCCAAGGCCAGCCACAGGCUGUAGGUCUGUGCUGCUAACUCUAACUCUGCAGCAAGAGAAUGCUGCUGACCUUAAUUUUUGUUUUGUUUUGUUUUUGGUUGAGUUUUCUUUGCUUUGGUUUGUUUUGCUUUUCUUUGUUAUAGAUUGAGCUUUUGCUAUUUACUUGUUCUUUCUUUUGUUCUUGUUGUUGUUUAGGUAUUUUGAUAAGGAUAUUCACUGUUUAUGUUGACUGUUCUACUUAAGCCCCUAUUUAGUAAAAUAACUGCAUUUUUUAUUAAUAAUAAAGUGAUUUUGAACUUUU